CCUCCUUCUGCCUCCCCGCGGCCCGCGCGGCGGACGGUGUGGGGACGCAGAGCGGCCGCCGCGCCCCUCGCCCCGCUCCCCGGCCGCCGCUCCGGCCCUUCCGGGAGGCGCCGCAGCCUCAGCCCGCGCCGCACGCAGAUGUGGGAAGACAAAUGAAGGGGUUUAGAAGCCAAAUGAAUGUCAGUGGAAAGAAGAGCUACCAUCACUAAGGGCCUAACACAAGCAAACUCAUUUUCAGAGUUAAAGAAUUAUUUUAAAAAACAAGAUGGGGACUCCUGGUUCUGGAAGGAAGAGAACACCCGUGAAGGACCGAUUUUCUGCAGAAGAUGAAGCCCUGAGUAACAUCGCCAGAGAGGCCGAAGCCAGGCUAGCAGCAAAGCGGGCCGCCCGGGCAGAAGCAAGAGACAUCCGCAUGAGGGAACUGGAAAGACAGCAACGAGAGGAAGAUUCAGAAAGGGCCAGGCAUUCUCAGCGGUCUGGUCGUCACCGUCCAUAUCUGGGAGUUGAGGAUACAUUGUCUCUUCGAAGCCUUGGCAGUCACAGGUAUGAUACCCUCAAGGACAGAUCAUCAAGGCUUUCAUCAUUAAAUCAUUCUUAUAGUCACACCCAUGGGAUGAAGACGCGAUCUUCUAGUUCUCAUAAGGACCCACUGAGUGGGCUCUACUUUGACCAGAGAAACUAUAGCAGUCUUAGACAUAGCAAACCUGCCUCUACCUACUACUUCCGGUCUUCUUCCCUGUGCAGUGAGCCUCUGGGCACAUCCAGGAGUCAGAACAGGGCCUCCCCAACUGCAAAUUCUGGUCUGCUGAGAAGUACCAGUCUGGCAUCAUUGUAUGGUGGAUUAUAUAGCCCUUAUGGUUCUCGAACUCCAUCUGAAUACAGUUACUACUCAUCCAGAGCGAGUUCUUCCCGGAGCAGUCCUGUGUCCAUCGACGACGACACCGCAAGCAUUGUGUCUUCUGAUGGCGCCAGUCGUGGGCGAAGGGAGAGCGUGGUCUCUGCUGCUGAUUAUUUUAGUCGCUGCAAUCGUAGGGGGAGUGUUGUCUCUGAGGUGGAUGUCGCCGGCAUCUCAGACUUGACCAGCUUGGAUGAAAAAUCUGACAAACAAUAUGCUGAAAGUUACACAAGACCUUCAUCUCGAAAUUCUGCCUCAGCAACAACACCUCUAAGCGGAAACUCAUCCAGACGGGGCAGUGGGGACACCAGCAGCUUAAUAGACCCCGACACCUCGUUAAGUGAACUGCGGGACAUCUAUGACCUGAAGGACCAGAUACAGGAUGUAGAAGGGAGAUACAUGCAGGGGCUUAAGGAACUGAAGGAUUCUUUGUCUGAAGUACAAGAGAAAUACAAGAAAGCCAUGGUGUCCAACGCACAGCUAGACAACGAGAAGAACAAUCUGAUCUACCAGGUGGACACCCUCAAGGACGUCAUUGAAGAGCAGGAGGAACAGAUGGCAGAGUUUUACAGAGAAAAUGAAGAGAAAUCAAAGGAGUUGGAAAGGCAGAAGCACAUGUGCAGUGUGCUGCAGCACAAGAUGGAUGAACUCAAAGAAGGCCUUCGGCAGAGAGACGAGCUCAUUGAGGAGAAUCAGCGCCUCCAGCAGAAAAUAGACACCAUGACAAAAGAGGUGUUUGACCUCCAAGAGACCCUGCUCUGGAAAGAUAAAACAAUUGGGGCCCUAGAGAGACAGAAAGAACACAUUUCCUGCCUCAGGCAUGAGCGAGAUGUGCUCAGAGAGGAGCUGGCUGCCCUGCAGGAGACAGUGAAGACAGCAGAGAAACAUGGCUUAGUUAUAAUCCCAGACAGCACUCCCAAUGGUGAUGUCAAUCAUGAACCUGUGGUUGGAGCCAUUACUGCUGUGUCUCAGGAAGCUGCUCAGGUCUUGGAGUCAGCAGGAGAAGGGCCACUAGAUGUGAGGCUACGGAAACUUGCUGGAGAAAAGGAAGAGCUCCUGUCACAGAUUAGAAAACUGAAGCUGCAGUUAGAGGAAGAACGGCAGAAGUGUUCCAGGAAUGACGACACAUCUGGGGACCUGGCCGGACUGCAGAACGGCUCAGACUUGCAGUUCAUCGAGAUGCAGAGAGAUGCCAAUAGACAAAUUAGUGAAUACAAAUUCAAGCUUUCCAAAGCAGAACAAGAUAUAACCACCUUGGAACAAAGUAUCAGCCGGCUUGAAGGGCAGGUGCUAAGGUACAAAACUGCUGCUGAGAACGCUGAGAAAAUUGAAGAUGAACUGAAAGCCGAGAAGAGGAAGCUACAGCGAGAGCUACGUACAGCACUGGACAAGAUCGAGGAGAUGGAGAUGACCAAUAGCCACCUGGCAAAGCGGCUAGAGAAGAUGAAGGCCAACAGGACGGCCCUUCUAGCCCAGCAGUAGGAGGCAGCCUUCCACCUGGGUGCUCUGAGGGCCUUGCCCAGAGACACUGACUCUUUUGUACAUUGACACAAACCCCUUGGAGUACUGUUUGAGUCUUGUCAUUAAACAGCCACCUUUGUAUUUUAUAA